AUGUUUGCUAGGAGCCCCGUCCUCAACCAGUCGGGCCCCACUGAGUUUGUAUUCCGCGUCUUCACCACAAUCCCUCAGUUCCAGGCCCUCCUCUUCCUCCUCUUCCUCUUCCUCUACACCAUGAUCCUCUGUGGCAACACAGCCAUCAUCUGGGCUGUCUGCACACACAGCUCCCUCCGCACCCCCAUGUACUUCUUCUUGUGCAAUCUGUCUUUCCUAGAAAUCUGUUACACCUCCGUGGUGGUGCCUUUGAUGCUUUCCAACAUGUUUGGGGCACAGAAGCCCAUUCCUCUGGCUGGCUGUGGGGCCCAGAUGUUCUUUUUUGUCACUCUGGGCAACUGUUUCCUCUUGGCAGUCAUGGCCUAUGACCGCUAUGUGGCCAUCUGCCACCCUCUUCACUACACCCUGAUCGUGACCCAGAGGCUCUGCGUGCAGAUGGUGGCAGGUGCCCUGGGCCUGGCGCUCUUCCUGUCCCUGCAGCUCACCGCCCUCAUCUUCACCCUGCCUUUCUGUGGCCACCUGCGGGAGAUCAACCACUUCCUCUGUGACGUGCCCCCGGUGCUGAGGCUGGCCUGCGCGGACACCCACGUGCACCAGGCUGUCCUCUAUGUGGUGGGCAUCCUGGUGCUGACCGUGCCCUUCCUGCUCAUCUGCGUUUCCUAUGUGUUCAUCACCAGCGCCAUCCUGCGCAUCCGCUCAGCCGAGGGACGACGCAGGGCCUUCUCCACCUGCUCCUCCCACCUCACCGUGGUCUUGCUACAGUACGGGUGCUGCAGCUUGGUCUACCUGCGCCCCCGCUCCAGCACCUCCGAGGAUGAGGACCGCCAGAUCGCCCUGGUCUACACCUUUGUCACCCCCUUGCUCAACCCUCUCAUUUACACUCUGAGGAAUAAGGACGUCAAAGGGGCCCUGAAGGAUGCCAUCAUCCCCUGUAAAGCAGCCUGACACCUUGAGGUGCCCGGGUUGGGGUCUGAAGUUGGCUCACAGUGAGUUCUAAAUGACAAAGGCGGACUGAAGAUGCUUUGUAGA